AGAAGAGAUGCAUUGGCUUUGAGUUAGUGAAACGACAAAAGGAAAGAAUGGAUUUCACAUCAUCUGCUUUUUGCUGUCAUGGCCUUCGAGCUUUUUUGUGCAUGAAUGGAAACGUUAGUACCUGCAAAGUAAAGUAAAAACUUCAAACUGUUACCAUGUAGUUUAGUCAUGAUGUAGUUCUGUCAUAGUUGACCCACUCAACAUCACGGGAAAACCACUAUGAAUCUGACCCCAGAUCAGCCACCAACCCAGUUCUACGCCCUUCCCAGGGCAUUGGACCUUCAACGUGAACCUCAAAACAAGAGCAGGUCGACUCCAGCCAGCUUCUUCAACAGCUCCUUCUUCUUCCAGGAUAAUGCUGCUUUAGAAUGGCAGCUGUUCCUCACCAUCCGAGAGCCUGGCACCAUUAUAUUGACUGUCCUUUACUCUAUUUCCUUCCUUGUGGGUUUCUUAGGAAAUGUCAUGUCCCUCAAAGUCCUUCUUGGCCAGCAUGGAAGCAUGCGUCUGUCGGGUGCGAGCGCCACCCGCUGCCUGCUGAUAAACCUAGCGGUGUGCGAUCUAGCAGUUGUUUGCGUGUGCAUGCCCGUCACCCUCGGCCACCGCAUCUACACACCAUGGGUGUACGGAGACUUUCUGUGCCGCGCGGUGCCAUUCACGCAAGCGGUGUCAGUUUCGGCCAGCGUCCUGAGCAUCACUGUCAUCAGCAUCAGCCGGUACUAUGCUGUUCACUCGCCGCUACAAUCCCGAGCCUACUUCACUCGUCGACGCAUCCUCGCCUCCGUCACAAUCGUGUGGAUCGUCUCCUCAGUGAUCUGCAUGCCCGUUGCAAUAGUUACCAGGCGUGAUGAAGUAGCUUUGAUCGAAGGGCUGGCCAUCGUGCUGCCCGUGUGUGCAGAGGUGUGGCCUCAGCCACGCUUGCGACAGGCGUACAACGUCCUGCUGUUCAGCGCACUCUACUGCCUACCUGUCGCGUUCAAUCUUACUCUAGCCUUCCUCACGUGUCGCCGGCUGCGCAGCACUGGCACCGAGGGUCAUUUCACAGAGCUGGACCCCCGUUCUCAGGCGCUUCAUGAAACGAGGUUGCAGGGGCGCAAGCAGAUCGCACGUAUGGUCGCAGCUUUGGUGCUGCUCUUCGCUCUGUCAUGGUUGCCUAUGUACGUGACUGAUAUUUGGCUGGACCGUGAGCUCCGCCAUCCACCGGACUGGCUCUUACAGACCAGACCCUUUGCACAAUGGUUAGGCCUCACCAACUCUUCUCUCAACCCAUUUUGCUACUGCUUCAUUGGUGACCUCCACCGCUCAGCCAAGGCUUUGCGUUUGCGCCUCUGUGGCCCGUCCCCAGCCUCAGCGCUGGCUCUGGCCUCCCUCCCAAAAAUAUUCAACCUACAGAAUCAAGACAAACCUCCAGGGAGCGCCGCUCUCAACACAACCAACUCCUGUGGAGAGGAUAAUGGAAAUCUGAAUCUGUCGAUGUGGUGGACUCAAUCUCGCACGUGUGAGUCGGUGAGCUUACCUUACCACUUAGGAAUGAGCGAGGCGAUUGCACUGGAUACAUAGCAGCCCUGAUGCACCGCUGUGGACAUUCGCUCACAGAUGUGUUGUGCUUUGUGCUUCUAUAAACCCUUCAUUUCAAACCUCUUUGACUUUCUUUCUUUUUCAAACAGCAUUGGACCCCAUUGACUUUCAUUGUAUGGACAAAAAAUGCACUUUUCGGAAUAAAUUAUUUUGGAUUCCACAGAAAACAAACAAAGUCAUACCGGUUUGGCUGACUCCUAUGGAAGCUUGUUUCCGCCACAGAAUAAAAAAUAAAAAAGGUAAUGGCGACUUUUUAUCUCACAAUUCUGACUUUUGUUUUUUUUUUAAAUGGCGAGUUUACAUCUUGCAUUUCUGAGUUUUUAU